UCCCUCGCUCGGUGGCGCUCUUGGACUUUCCCCAUCGUGCGUGCGUGCGUUGUAGUAUUGGCGAAGAGCGUUGUGUUGUGUGUGUGUGUUGGUAGUGUGGCGCGGCCAUAUUUGCUUCGCGCGAGGAUGCAGUGCGCUCUGCUGGUAAACUGUCACGGAUUCCGCAGCGUGUUGUCGCGGGCCACUGUGUUGGAAAUGCUGUGCACUUUGGAGAGGAUGAGAGGAUGAGUCGCCGUUUGGAGGAGCACCACCCUGGACUGAACUCGUCGGCCGGUGCAGUGUUUCCAGGUCGAAACCACGCGUCGUCGGGUGGCUUCCACAGGCCCACUCUUGGGGGUGUGGCCCCUGGUGGGGGCGGCAUAGUGGGCGGCAGUGCAGUGGGGUCGCGCGCCAAGCCUCCCUCGCAACAGCGGCAACCCUUGGCCUUGCUACAGGACUCUACUCACAGUGGUGCCCCUGCGGUCGCCGACAAUCGUGAAAACAUGCAAGGACCCGGUGUCCAGUUUACCGUGCAGUCGUCUGGCUUCCAGCCACGUUUGGGUGCCGGCAGCCUCACCCAGUUGGGUCACAACCACAGCCCAUCGUCAGUGCAUCACCCCAUGGGUGGGCAGUCCCACACAACUCAGGCGCACACGCCUCAGCUGCACGGGCAGCAGCAGUUCCAGAGGUUGAAAGUAGAAGAUGCCCUCUCAUACCUUGACCAGGUCAAACUGAGGUUUGGCAACCAGCCUCAAGUAUACAAUGAUUUCCUGGACAUCAUGAAAGAAUUCAAGUCGCAAAGCAUUGACACACCAGGUGUGAUCCAGCGGGUCUCGAACCUCUUCAAGGGCCAUCCAGAGCUCAUUGUUGGCUUCAACACGUUCCUGCCACCCGGCUACCGGAUUGAAGUACAGGCUAACGAGCAGGUGAACGUGAGCAUGCCAGGCUCCCUGUCGACGACCCUGACGGCAGGGGGGGGCCCCGUGGUGCCCGCACAGCCUGCGGCCCCGCAGGGUCCCCCCACAGCAGCUCCGGCGGGGGGCGCAGCUCCCAGUCUUGUGCCACCUGCCUCGGUGGCGGCGUCGCCGCCCUCAGGCAUUAAGAGUGGCCAUUUGCCGAUCAGUGGGCCCCCUCCCAGUGGCCUGGGUGGAGGGCAGCCUCCCCACAGUAGCCCUCCAUCACAUGGGGCCCCCAUGGCGCCACAGCCGCCUGCGGUGGCCAGCGGUGGGCAGAGCACCACGGCCCCAGCGUCGCAGGCAAGCCAGCCAGUCGAGUUCAACCAUGCCAUCAACUACGUGAACAAAAUCAAGAAUCGUUUCCAAGGCCAGCCAGACAUAUACAAGCAGUUCCUGGAGAUACUGCAUACUUACCAGAAGGAGCAGCGAAACCUAAAAGAGGGUGUGCAGACAGGUGCCAAGCCGUUAACGGAGUCCGAAGUAUAUGCCCAAGUGGCCAAGCUUUUCCAAAAUCAGGAAGACUUGCUCCAAGAGUUUGGUCAGUUCCUGCCUGAUGCAAAUGGAGCCUCUACACACUCUCUGGUGACGCACAGUCUGGACUUUGGCUUCCAACCGGUGAAAGCGGUCAACAACGACCACACUGCUGCAGCAAAGAAACCAAGCACGGGCCUCACCAAGCCAAGUCUUGUGUCCGGCCUGAGCACGUCACUGAAGCAGGCAGGCCCACCGCUCAAGAGGCCAUUGUCGCACUUGUCGGGAUCUGUGACAAAGAAACAAAAGAUGACCAGUUUGAAAGAUGUAAGCCUAGCAGAGGCUGGCAAGCAUGGCACCCUCAAUGAGUUUGCCUUCUUCGACAAGGUUCGCCGUGCUCUCCGUGGGCAGGAGGUCUAUGAGAAUUUCCUUCGUUGUUUGAUCCUCUACAACCAAGAAAUUGUGUCACGGUCAGAGUUGGUCCACCUGGUGACACCAUUCCUUGGGAAGUUUCCAGAGUUGUUCAAGUGGUUCAAAGACUUCAUUGGGUAUAAGGAUCUCGGUGGACAGAUAGAGCCCAUACCCAACAAAGUCGUUCAGCAAGAACGCAUCUCAGGCGAUCCAUCCAUGGAAAUUGAUUACUCGUCCUGUAAACGUUACGGUGCCAGCUACCGAGCACUGCCAAAAAAUGUUGUACAGCCAAAGUGCAGUGGCCGGACACCGCUUUGUAAAGAGGUUUUGAAUGACACCUGGGUCUCGUUUCCGUCGUGGUCAGAGGAUUCCACAUUCGUAAGCUCGCGCAAGACCCAGUAUGAAGAAUACAUUUACCGGUGUGAAGAUGAGCGUUUCGAGUUGGACGUGGUUGUUGAGACCAACCUGUCGACAAUCCGUAUUCUGGAGGCAAUACAGAAGAAGCUGCAGCGGAUGAGCGCUGAGGAUCGGCAGCGCUUCCAGCUGGGUGACAACUUGGGAGGCUCGUCGAAUGUUCUGCAACAGCAAGCCAUUCGGCGUAUCUACGGCGACAAGGCUGCCGACAUCAUCGAGGGCCUCAAGCGCAACCCCACCAUUGCUGUUCCCCUUGUACUGCGCAGGCUCAAAGCCAAGGAGGAAGAGUGGCGUGAGGCACAGAAGAGCUUCAACAAGGUAUGGCGAGAACAAAAUGAGAAGUACUACCUCAAGUCGCUGGAUCACCAGGGCAUCACGUUCAAGCAGAACGACGUCAAGUUUCUGCGUUCCAAGAGCCUGCUGAACGAGAUCGAAGCCAUUUACGAAGAGCGCCGGGAACAGAUGGAAGAGGGCACUGGCGAAGUUCCUACAGGUCCCCACAUGAGCCUGGCUUACCUCGACCGCUCCAUUCUGGAGGAUGCAGCCAACCUGAUCAUCCACCACGUGAAGCGCCAGACGGGCAUCAACAAGGAGGACAAGCAGAAGAUCAAGCAGCUAUUGCGUCAGUUCAUCCCCGACCUGUUCUGUCUGCCACGUGGCGAACUCUCCGACGAUGAGGUCGACAAGGACGACGACAUGGAGACCGAGGAUGGCGAGAGCCAGCCGCUGCCCUCGACGCCCAACCAUCGGCCGGACGACUCAUUCCCUAAGGACGGUGACAAAGGUGCACUUCGGACAGGCUCGGAGGACUGCACUGGCAGCAUGGACGGUAGCUCGCAGCUGAGUGCACCGCAGAUGCAGAACCUUUAUUCGGAUGACUCAUACGCACUGUUCUUUGUCAACGAUCAUUGGUAUCUGUUCUUUCGGCUGCACCAUCUGCUGUGCGAGCGUCUCACGAAGAUCUACAGGCAGUCGACAAACUUGGCUGCGGACGAGGCAAAGGAGCGCAAGGACCGGAAGGAAUCCACGGCUGUGGCACUGCGGUUGAAGCCUCGGAGCGAGGUUGAAGUGGAGGACUACUACCCAGUGUUCUUGGACAUGGUCAAGAGUCUGCUGGACGGCAACAUGGACGGCACGCAGUACGAGGACACCCUUCGGGAGAUGUUUGGCAUCCACGCCUACACGGUGUUCACGCUGGACAAGGUGGUGCAGAAUGCGGUGCGGCAGCUGCAGCACAUCGUGUGCGACGAGGCGUGCCAGCGCUGCACCGAGCUCUAUGUGGAGGAGCAGCGGGCCGGAGGCGCAGGGGGCGCAUGUGCCACCGCCGCACACCGUGCGCACCUCGAGUCCAGCUACCAGAAGAAAGCCGAGCAGGCCUUGGUCAACGACAACUGCUUCAAGCUUGUGCUGUACCAGAAGGAGACCAAGCUUACGAUAGAGUUGAUAGAUACAGAAAGCGACAUGUCUGAAGAUCCUGUCGAGAUAGAGAAAUGGUCAGAGUACGUCGACAAGUACGUGGCUGGUGAAGAUUCCAUCUCGGACGAGUUGAGAGACCAGCUGUCAAAAAAGCCAGUCUUCCUGCCUCGCAACGUACGAGCCCGCCGGCAGCAAGUAAAGAAGCAAGAGAGUGAAGCCAAGAAAUUGGCAUCUAGCGCUAAUGGCAAUGGCAACAAUAAUGGCACCUGCAAUAAGAGUCCUUGCACCAACGAUGAGAGCACCAACGAUGAGGUGCCUUUCUCUGCAGCUGUAGGUGGUGCUGCACUGGGGUCAUCUGUGUCGGCUGGUGCAGGCAAAACGGACUUGGUGGAGGACAGUCAGUGCAAGUUUAACCUCAAUUCAUAUAAAAUGGUGUUUGUUGUCAACAGCUCAAGUUACAUCUACAACCGGCGGGCAUUGCGUCGAGCACAGCAGUCUCAUCGGAAAGUGUCUCAGCGGAUGCAUCACAGCUUCAACAAGUGGCACCAGGGCUGGCUGGAUAAGAACGUGGACAUAGAGCAGAACAGGUUAUGUGAGGACUGGCUGUUGGGUCUCGGCUACGAAUGUACAACAAACUGCAUCCAACUCCAAGACUGCUCGCGGCCGCCCUACCGCCCGUUCAGACGCUUCCGGACUUCACCUUCUGUCCGCUCGUGAAGGGUGUCUGGUGCGGACAGUGUACAGUGGGUGGGGACUGGGGAUUUAAAGCAGCGGCCUUGGGGUGUGUGUGUACAGAAGCUGUAAAACGCCAGCAAGAGACCAUCCUGAAGAAGCUGUGUAUUAUCAUGCUUGCACACUAAGCAAGCCACCUUGCAGGUGGAAGGGAGUGUGGCCAUUUUCCUUUUACGCCGCUUCGGCUUUCUCUUGCAAGCUGGCUUGCAAUGUUUCAUCACACCAACAGCACUCGCACGCUGUUGGAUGUUUGUAAAUUUUUCAUUGGAUCCUCGAGACAAUUGAAAUGUUUCUUUGCAGUGUUGAAAUAAACGAGCCAUAGAAAGUGACUGUUUAAUACGGAUGGUGUACAAAGUAUUUAUAUUGUCACUUUCAAUUUGAAAGAAGCUAUAAAUAUAACAUUUCAUCACGUCAA